UCCUGUACAAAGCAUAGGAGCACAGCACUGAGGAUCAUAGCUUACAGUGAAUGUUGCCAUUUAACCAGGCCAGAGCAUAUUGCCGACUUUCGGGUUGCUAUCCAAAGAGUGCGCACCUACCAACGCACUUCAGAGUCAUGUUGUCAGCCCAGUCUCGUAUUACUCACAUUCCAGCCCCCUUUUCACCUUUAAUUGUAGCCAUCCACCAGGACUCGGGAGUGGCUUUUUGUGACCUCAGGGUGCGCCCUGAGCGGCUGACACGCAGAGCUGCGCAAGGUUCGCGGGCGAGCGCAUAGGUGGGAUCUGAGACAAUGGGUGUGUAACGACGGAAGAGACAAAACAACCAAAGAACCUCUCCUAGACUUCUUAUUUGAUUUUUUAGUAAAUAGGAUGUUUAAGCGAGUCAGGCCAGGCUAUUACCGCCAAGACGUCAACAAAACCUCAUGGGAAGUACCGGAGCGGUACCGGGAUCUGAAGCAGGUGGGGACCGGGGCGUACGGGACGGUAUGCUCAGCAGUGGACUCCAGAACAGGAUCCACAGUGGCCAUCAAGAAAUUGUACAGACCUUUCCAGUCGGAGCUCUUCGCCAAGCGAGCCUACAGGGAGCUGAGGCUUCUCAAACACAUGAAACAUGAAAAUGUGAUUGGCCUCUUAGAUGUGUUUACUGCUGACCUCUCUGUGGACAAAUUCUAUGAUUUCUAUCUGGUGAUGCCGUUCAUGGGGACAGAUCUGGGGAAGCUGAUGAAGCUGCAGAAGCUGUCACAAGAAAAAAUUCAGUAUUUGGUUUAUCAGAUGCUCAAAGGGCUUAAGUAUAUUCAUUCUGCUGGUAUAAUUCACAGGGACCUCAAACCAGGAAAUCUCGCUGUCAACCAAGACUGUGAGCUCAAGAUCCUGGACUUUGGUUUGGCGCGGCAGGCAGACAGUGAGAUGACGGGGUAUGUGGUGACUCGCUGGUACAGAGCCCCAGAGGUCAUCCUGAGCUGGAUGCACUACACUCAGACUGUGGACAUUUGGUCUGUGGGCUGCAUCAUGGCAGAGAUGCUGCAAGGAAAACCUCUUUUUAAAGGCAGUGACCACCUAGAUCAGCUGACUGAGAUCAUGAAGAUCACAGGAACACCAACUCAGGAAUUUAUAUCAAAACUAGAUUCUGAGGACGCCAAAAGCUACAUCAAAGGUCUUCCUAAAGUGGAAAAGAAAGACCUUCAGAAGGUGUUUUCCACAACUAAUCCACAAGCCGUGUCUGUGCUGGAGCGCAUGUUAUUGCUGGAUCCGGAGACCAGGGUGGCCGCUGCAGAGGCUCUCAAGCUGCCUUACUUCUCUGAGUUCAGAGAACCAGAGGAGGAGACGGAAGCACAGCCGUACGACCACUCGCUAGACAACACCGACCUGCCCCUGGACCAGUGGAAACGUCACACCUUCACAGAGAUCUUGACAUUCAAACCAGUUGUGCCAGAAUCCAAGGAAACCUCACUGUGAGACACAAAGAGUCAGCUGUGCAGCGUGGGACCAGAACAAACUAACAUGUCUUUUUUAUAUUGAUCUCAGCUGAGAAAACUCUUUGAUCAUAAAGCUUAAUGAAUGCCUGUUGAUCCAGUUCACAAAUCUCUUUGAAGCGCAAGCUGCUGUGUUGUGGACCUACUAGUUGUGGGUUUGUCUUUGUCUUUCAACAUCAUGUUGGUCCGGUAGCUUGCCUCCUGACUCUAGCAUCGGACCUUUUCAGCUCAGUUGCUGUAGGUCAGGUGAUAAUAUUCUUUGAUAAAUAGGAAGGAGGAAUUAUGGGUUGUAUUACUUGAGCUACUAGUUUCACUUCAAUCUCAGUUAGAGUGGUACAUAUAAGUAGUAGGUGGGAUUUUCUUUUUUUUUUUUUUUUACCAAAUACAUCACUACCUACCAGUUAGUAUAAAGUACAAACCAAGAAAUGGCAAUAGACAUGUUUUACUUUAGAGAAAACAGAAAUAUUGUAGUUGAACUAACUGAAAUUCUUGAUGUGUCCUGGUGAAAUUCAUUAUUUAAUAAGGAUGCUUCCUUUGAAUCAUUUGUAUCAGUGACAAAAGCAUUAUUUAAAGGCAAUAGAUCCAGGACAAUGCAUCGUGCUGCAAAUAAAGCCAAAUUUAAAAUACUGAGAACUACAUUUUUUUGUAAUAUAUUGUUUUGUUUUGGUUCCCCUUCGGUGACUACAUGUUCUUAAAAGACAUCUGAUUGAAAUUAUUUGGACGUCCUUGUGUGUGCGUAUGUGUGUAGUCUGCAUGUCUGCUCUGACCUCGUAAUUCCUCCCAGUGGCCUUAAGAUAACAACAAAACAGAAAUACUGCUCAGCUGCCGAUCAUACGAAAUCCAUCCCAUAGCAGGUUGUGCACAACUGUUCAUAUUUUAAUUUCAUACAAAAAACAGAUGUUAGUUUCAUCCAAUUAUGUUGUUUGUUUGAAUCGGAAAGUAGCACAAGACACAUUGUCUAUGUUGAUUUGUGAAUUCAUGUUUCAAACACUACUCAUGCAUUUUUAUUAUUAAAGUUUCUCUUUGCAUUGUG